AUGACAACUACAGAGAAAGUAUUGACGCUUGAAAAUAUUAUAGAGGAGGAAGCAAAAGAGAUUGAGAAGAAGCCGUUUUUGAAAACAAUUUUGGACUCACUUGACUGUACUGACGACGACUACAAGGCACUGUUUGCGCUAUGCUUAUUGUAUGCACUCAUCAACAAUAAAGGUGUAAAUAGCGAACUACUAGAUACCUUGUUGAAGUCUGAAAUAGACGAUAAUGGAAAAGUGAUAGUACCAAGCGAAAGACAACAUGAAAACAACGACAGCCAAGAAGGAACGUCGCAGCCAAAAUUCAAGGACACAUUUAAUGCUUUAUUGAUUACUAAGUUGAUGUCUAUAGCUCAUCUAAGUUGCAAGCCUGCAUCAAAAGUGCGUCUAGUAACGUGUGAAAUAACAGCCCGUCUGCUGAAGGUAACAAUGGAAGGGUCCGCUGGUGUUGCCAGUCCCAGGCAUUUGGCAGCAGCAGAUAACCUUAGAGCGCGUGCCGCAUCAUUGGCAAGGAAUUUUUACAAAUGCGAUGACAUCUUUUUGGACAUGUUUGAGGAUGAAUAUUGUGAGAUGUGCAAGCGACCACUCAACGUGGAAUGGUUGUGUAUGGACGCAGCUAUACUUUUGCCGCCUACCAAAACGCCCAUGUCUGGCAUCGCUUUUGAGAAAAGGUUGCCUAGUGGAGAGAUGGAACGAGCUCGUCGUGCAAUCCGCACUUUCUUCCUUAUUCGCGAGCUGUACCUUAAACUUUCUGGUAAACCAGAGACACAGCUACCUCUAGCAAACCACUCGCCCUUUGUUCAAGUCGGAAAAACAUUGGAUCUCAACGACUCUGACUUAAUAUCGUGUGAUAUAAUCCAAAAAGAUGGUACAUGGCAACAUCGUUUUCUAGCGGUGGACAACAUACAAAUCAUUCUGGUCGAACCCGACAAACAAAAGCUUGGCUGGGGCGUUGCCAAACUCGUAGGAAGCUUACAGGAUUUAGAAAUAACCGGCGACAAAGAGGACCCCAGAUGCCUACAUCUAACAAUACAUAAACCCCGCGUGGGUGCCGGCGGAGUCUCCCCUCGCACUGUACUAUUACGAGCCAAGUUCAAAUUCGAUGACCACAUACGAAGCAUGGCCGCUAAACAGAGGCUCACUAAGGGCCGAACGAAAGCUCGCCAAAAGAAGAUGCAACAUAUCGGUCGCUUGCUCGAAGUUUCGGGCAUAUCCGCUCCGGCUGUUGCGCCUAGACACCGUCCUCUUUUUGCGAGGCCGUCGCUGACCACAGUCAGAAGACAUUCUGGUAUCGACAGCGAUGACGCUGAGAGGCGUUUGCGUCGGCCAAGUGGACACGUGCUAAAGGACGGUAUUGUUGUAUAUCGCGAAAGAACGACUACUAGCAGGGAGAGCAGUGUAUCUCGCAGCAGUAGCGGUCGUGGAGAAGGGUCGCGACAGGGUUCGCAAGAAGAAAUCCCGCUAGAGGACAUUCGCAGGAACCAGGCGGCCGCCGUUCCCUCCACUAGCCGCCAACAUGUACAGAGUGUUCCAACGACAUCCCAAACCAGUAAAGUGACCCGGACGUCAUCAGAAGAAACCUCGUUUAUAUCAGGCGAGUCGCGACCCAAACGACGAGGAAUUAUUGAGACCAUUUGA